AUGUUUCGUGCACAGCAGAAUCAAUUCGACGACGCCGUCGCUAAGGCGACGGACGAAAACCUGACCUCCGAGAACUGGGAAUAUAUUCUGGAUGUCUGUGACAAAGUUGGUUCGGAGGAAUCAGGGGCGAAAGAGGCCGUUGCUGCAAUGAUCAAAAGACUGGCUCACCGGAAUGCCAACGUUCAGCUUUAUACAUUGGAGCUUGGCAACGCGUUGUCGCAAAACUGUGGAUUGAAGAUCCAUCGCGAGUUGGCUUCGAGAAGCUUUACGGAUGCGCUUCUGCGCCUGGCGAAUGAUCGCAAUACGCAUCAGCAAGUCAAAUCUAAGAUCUUGGAGAGAAUGGAAGAAUGGACUGAGAUGUUCUCCUCCAAUCCAGAUUUCGGUAUCAUGGAACAAGCUUACAUGAAAUUGAAAACAACGAACCCGAAUCUUCAGCCACCAUCAAAACCAGGCAAGCGUGAGAUUACCGAUGUUGAUCGCCAGAAGGAGGAAGAAGAACUGCAGAUGGCGCUGGCUCUUUCAAUCAAGGACAAAGCAGCCCCAUCGGCAUCUGUUACGUCAGCACCUCGCACUGAGCCUUCCUCGUCCGUUGCUGCUCCAUCGGCAUCGACUCCAGCAACCCAAGAAGAAGCAGCGGAGUCUCAACCUGUACUCUCCGGUACAUCGGUGGCCACUGUGUCGCGUGUGCGAGCGCUGUUCGACUUCCAACCGUCUGAGCCUGGAGAGCUCCAAUUCCGCAAAGGUGAUACCAUUGCCGUCUUAGAGUCAGUCUACAAAGAUUGGUGGAAAGGAUCCCUCAGAGGCCAAACCGGCAUCUUCCCUCUCAACUAUGUGGAGAAGCUUCCAGAUCCAACUGUGGAGGAGCUGCAACGAGAAGCUCAGAUGGAGGCAGACGUCUUUGGUCAGAUUAAGAGUGUCGAAAAGCUACUGACUCUGCUGAGCACGCGCAACUCGGACCUCAAUGUACAAGAAAAUGAAGAGAUUACUACUCUCUACCAGGCAACGCUUGCAAUUCGUCCCAAGCUCAUCGAAUUGAUUGGCAAAUAUUCACAGAAGAAAGAUGAAUUCACCCAGCUCAAUGAGAAGUUCAUUAAAGCUCGUCGUGACUAUGAGUCCCUUCUAGAGGCAUCCCUGGCCCACCCAGCACAGCCGCAAUACGGACGACCUCCCCAGUCGCAAUAUGGUUAUCCUAAUGCUGCGGCUGCUGGAUACCCCGUGGCUCCUCAGGCGGAUCCUCGGUACUUCACUCCCCGACCUCAAGAUACCACACCAACUCAGCAGAAUGCAUACGCCCCUUACCCAGUCAAUGAACAGGCUAUGCCUUAUCGCCCAGCUUCUAACUCACCUGAUCCCCGAAAACAUGCCCAAGCCGGCGCAGCGCCGCCAGUGCAGCAGCAGCCACCCCAGGCCGACGCCUACCAACAUCACCGCCCACAGUCUACAUUUGACCACCCCCAAGAGUUGGGGACAUCUGCCUACGAUUCGCCUGUAGACCAUCCUGCUGCCGCUCCUGCUCAGCGCAUGCAGUACCCACCGAGUGGCCAAGCCCAGCCUACAGGCCACCAGCAAUUCCAGCAGCAGCAACAACAGCAACAAGAGUAUUCUCCUUCCGUCUACUCGUCUGAUGAAACACCUCAGAUCCCAGCUGCUGCCAGCAUGCCACCAGUACCGCAUCAAUUCCAACAACAGCAGCAGGCUCCGUACCCCAGCUCUCCGGGUCUCCACCAAUCCCCUCCAUCGCAUCAACCUCCGCCGGUACCUGGGGCAACGCCGCAAUCGCAAUACUCGUCCUAUAACCCGGCUCCUCCGACUCCGAGUGGGGGCGAAUACCAGGCCUAUCAGCCUCCGCAGGGAGGAGCGGCUAGCUCGAAUCCGGCUUCUUUCUAUCGGUAA